AUGGAGAGGAAGAUCAAAAAUGGUGAUGAACGAAGUGAACCUGUGAAAAUGCCUGAUACAUUUUUGGCGAAGUCACCUGUCAGGAUGAAUGACAGAUCCAAGGGAAAGAUGCUCAAGAGAAAAACCAAAAACAAAAAGCAAACCAACCGGUGCAAUAAUGUGAUUAAGAGAGGUGAAUCUGUGAAAAUGCCUAGGUUGGAAAGUACGCGGAGGCCUGUUGAACUUAACAACAUCAAGCAUGAACCACAAGCAAACCACAGUGAUAUUUUGGAUGCAAUGAAACAAGUCAAGUUCCAGCUAAAAUUAUUUGUAGAGAAAGAGAGAAACAGGGUAGUGUUUGCCGAAGCAGGAAGCGAUUUCAUUGACACUUUGUUCAGUUUCCUUACACUACCGAUGGGGACUAUCGUUAGAAUCUUAAACAAUAAUCUAGAGUCAGAGUCAAGAGUGAUUGGGAGCUUUAGUACAUUAUACACUAGUGUCAAAAAUUUGGACUCCAGGCUUUUAUGGUCUGAUGAAUGCAAGCAGAUGCUCCUCAGUCCAAGGAACGCAGCAGAAGCAGAAUGUCUACAACUGAAACUGAACUUAGAUGAUAGUGCUCCUGGUACCUAUUUCAUAUGCGAAGAUUGGGGUUGUAGUCGAAAUAGUUCUGCAUUUUUAAGCACUUACUGUACUACGAGAUGUAGCUGUGGCAAGCUAAUGAAUAGAGGCAUAACUGGGUCUGUCACUCCAAAUGUCAAGAAUGUCCAACAUAAGGGUGGAGUUUUUUCUGGGGAGAUCGAAUACUAUAUAGUAAGUGAUGAUCUGCAUGUAUUUCCUAAACAACUGACUGUAUCCGUUGAGCUACUUAAAAAGUGCAGGGUCAAAGAUUUAGACACAGUUGAAGAAAGAACUUUAGUCAUUGGCUUUAAAGAGAUGCUGAAUGUGCUCAAAUGUUCAUUAAAAUCGGAAUCUCCCCUGACUGAAGUGUUUUUGUGUAAUGGCGCUGAUCGUCCAGCCAUAAUUCAAUCAAAAGUAGGCUCCUUAGCUGAAACUCGGACUUGCAGAGAUAAGGAGACAACAGAAGAUGCAAUGACUAUAAAACUUAUAGUUCAAAAGUCAAGUAAAAAAGUGCUGUUUGCUCUAGCAGAGAAAAACUUUGUGGAAUUUCUCUUUAGCUUCCUCACUAUUCCAUUAGGAAGCAUCACACGUCUAUUGAGCGGGAAUAUUUCUGUAGGCAGUGUAUUUUGUUUGAAUGAAGCAAAAGCUCCUCUAUAUUAUUGCCUCAGUGACAAGAGGGACUCACAGUACAUUGGCUGCCUAGUGGAGUACAAAGUUGAUUGUAAUUAUGAGCUAAAGUGCACACCUCUGACACUGAAAAACCCAAAGUUCGAAGAAGAAUAUGUCAGGAGCAAUGGAAUGUUUAUGGUAACCGAUGAUUUGGUUGUAUCGCCAUUUUCAGCUAUUGCUAGUAUAUCGAUCAUGCAACAGCUGAAAAUUUGUCCAUCUGAUGUGGAGGAACAAGUGGUCAGAAUUGGCAUGGAAGAGGCAUUGAAGAUAUUGAAGGCGUCGUUCGAGUCCACAGCAGCUUUAACCAAUGCAUUUUCAGGUGACAUUCCAUUGACAAAGCAGCUGUUGAAGGAAGAGCACUGA